GACCAAAUAUCUAUGAAUUCAUUCUAAUUAAAAGCAAAGCAAUGAAAAAAAAAAUAUGCAACGAAAAAUACAUUAGAAAUAAAAUUAUGUAAAACGCAAAUCAAAAAAUGUGUUAAACUACCUAGCCUUAAUAUUUUUAGGCGUUCUUCAUGCUACGAUCAAAGUUAUUGCUGUUGUUGCACAAGCAGAAAUCGCCAAUUAGAUUGUGUUCAAAUGCCAGUCAGCCACCAGCGACAGAUGACGAGAAAGAGAGGGAGUUAGAAAAAAUCGCUAGAGAGGCCUCCAUAGAUGAACCACCAACAGCAUGUUGCCAGUCAGGCUGUGCUAACUGCGUCUUCAUAGUCUGGGCGGAAGCCCUCACAAAGAAGAUGGAUAACGCUGGACCAGAAAUUGCCGAAAAGAUCUUGAAAAUGGUCGAAGAUCCAUCCAUGAAAGCAUAUUUGGAAAUGGAGCUCAGGCUGAGAGGUUUAAAUAAAUAGUUCAGAUCUUCGAAAUAAAGUAUUGUAACCUUUUAUGAUUGAGAGCUAUACUGUAACAAAGUAAUACUAAUUAAAAUAAUUUAAUAAAUUCUCUUUCUAAUUAAUCCUUUUCAGUAAUUUUAGAUGGAAAGAAAAAAGAAUUUGUACUUAAAAUUUCAUACACACCUACAUAAAAUCAUUCCUCUUUCAGGAGGGCAGAGACUUAAAAAGUUAUGCUAAUUUAGGUUAAUUAAUAAAACCAGUUGAAAGAUGAAGUAACAUUUGUUUCUGUUUAUUGCAUAAAUGAGUAUAGCUUCUGGUUACAAUACUAUAUUUUUCCUCCCCUAGUUUCAAAAAGGCCUGACUGAUCUCCAAUUAGAAAAUUUGAAUUGUUCAUCUCAGUAGUGGCAUGUUUGUAAAUUCUUGUAAUUUAUAGAACUAGAUUCAAGUCGAAAAUGUAUACAGAAACCUGCGAUCAAUAAAAAAAUCGAAGAUUUUUUUGACACUGUAAAUACCUGUAUAUAAUGUAGAUAUCUCAUUGUUGUAAGGAUAUUCAUUGAUAGAUAAAUUUAAAUAAAUAAAAUAUUUUCCA